UUAUGUAUCAUAUAUGCAGGAACCCAUCGGACGAUAAAUACAGAUCAAGAUCUUCUUCUUUUGGAUUUACGAUGAUGGACUUUGUUGUUGCUUUUCCAAUGAACAAGAAUUGGUUUUAUGCCAUGUCACAGCCAAACAAAUGUUGGUCUGAUGAGCACAUCGAUGUGAUUUUUUACUACCUUCGUAAAAAAUCAAAACUUUGCAGCAUGGAUCAAUACAGAUACACAACAACCCACUGUUUGUUCAUGUCACAUGUAAAAAUCUGUAAUGAUAGAUAUUACAUGGACGAUGAUGAUGAUAGUCUUACUACACAAGAACAUAUUGAUUGCGCUUCAGUUGUAUCUGUACAUGAGAGGUCAAUAAUUAACAUCAUCAAAGGGUUUGGAAUACCAGCUGCUUUACCAUGGCAUCUUGUAGAUGAGGUCUACAUCCCAAUUAACUGUGAUCAAGAAUUUUAUUGGGUGUUGGCUGUUGUUGAGUUGAAAAACAGGUUGAUAAGGGUUUUUGACUCAUCAAUUAGCACAAGGAAAAAAACAAUUCCUCAUGAGAUCAAGAUGUUGUCUAAAAUGCUUCCUUCAUACCUACUUGACAGUGAAUUUUUUGAAGAAAAUGAACGCACAAAAUUUGCUGAUUGUCAUGCAUAUAAAGACAACAAUACUGGCUCACUUCUGGAGCCUCAAGUUCCUUUCAUGAUAGAAUUUGCACAAGACAUCCCUACACAGGAAUGCGAUAGCCUAGACUGUGGGUUAUAUGUUACUGCAUUUGCCGAGUAUAUCAGUGACCAAAUCAAUAUAUCAUAUGCUGAUUUUAAUCCUGAUUACCUGCGUCAAAGAUAUGGAGCAUUGCUGUGGAGUUAUGGAAGUGAGAAGGCUAAGUGCGGAUAUGUUAGCGACAAUGAUGAUCCACCAAAAUCCAGGGGCGUAGUCACACCACCACCAGAAGAAGAUUUAGUUCACAUAGUGUAGCAUUUCAUGAUAAAACAAUGUUUUAAUGUUAUAUUUAUUAUUUUUAUAUGUUAUUGAACAACUAUUUUUAUCCUUUUUAA